AUGCGUGGGCAGCGGCGACCCUACAAGAAUUCGUCUGCUGUUCGUCGCUUUGACGCGAUGUAAUGUCCCACGACCUGUAGAGGGUUUUUUUGAAUAAAGGAACACUUUCUGUACACUUUCGUACAAUCAUUUUCCUCAUAUGUAUUCUCAGUUUCCAUCUUCUCCCAUUCAAUCGUAUUGCCUACUUAACGUUUCUUCCCUUGCGUAUGGAUGAGUAUUGAGACAUGUUAACAGCUCUGCUCAGAUCACUCUUAACUACGAUCCCCUCCCAGUGUUUCGUUACCUCGGUGUUGUCUAUCCUUAACGUACUCAGCCGCUACGACAGGUGGACCUAUUAGCAGACAUAACCAUGGUUAUUUGUCAGAAUAUAGGCGGACCGUUCAAUUCUGCACUAUGUUAAACUCAAACUAGUAUAAAGUUAGCACUAUAAAACACAUGGAUGUUGUAGCAUCACAUCCCCAAUUUGUAAUUAGUAUGCUAAUUAUUCAGGUUAUGUGACAGAGUGGUGCUUGUAGAAUUUAGCAGAAAGUAGAACAAGUAUACAAGCGCCUUUUAAGACCAAUGCAGGCGUUCCGAUUUCAAUUAAUCUCGGAUAGUUUCGGCGGCUGCGCAUCCAGCCGAUUGUUCCCUAAGAGCUCGUUGACGUUACUCUCGCGAAAAAAAUAAACUCCGAAACAUGGAGAGGAAACUAGGCGAAAGGCAGUUUAGUAAAGUUCCCUGGCAGUGAGAAUCUGUCGACUGUUGUCGUGCAGGUAUGACUAGCCGCAAUUUUUGCUAGCCGUCGCUCUGUCACGCGUGUGGCUUUAUAACUGUGGAUUUUUCGUUACCGUUUUACCGGUAAGGGUUGGAAGCCACCCGAAAUCUAAAACUAAAUGUAAGGCGUCAAUCGCGCGCUUUUUUGUGGCCAUCUUGUUCAAUGGGGGGGGGGAGGGGAAGGAAGUUCGCAUGAAUGUUUAUUUCGAGAUCGCCAAGGUAACUUCUUCCCAUUUCACAUAAACUGCGUCUCAAACCGUGCUUUUAACAACGUCCAGACGUGGAACCACACUCCUCAAGAAUAUUUUGUUAUGUGGAGCCGGUGUACACAUUGGGCGGUGGAAGCUCACAUUUAAUGUGCGACAAUUUGUACACGUUAUAGCUUGCCGGGAUUCGUCCUUUGGUGGAUUAUUGUGUAAAACCAUGCGAACAUCGACGCUACACACUGUGGACGUUGCAUGAUUAUUCAAAGAGCGUUUGCUUACCCUUAGCACAUGGAGGAGUAAGGACGCAGGGACUAAUAGAUGUCUCCCUCUCUAUCACUAUGCUGCCACUGACAGCUAUGGUUGACAUGAAAUUACAGUUGCUCCGAAUUAUCCAACCUGAAUUUCACUUAUGUGGUUAGAACAGCUGUAGCGGAAAGUUGCGUUCAUACAUCUACUUGGUGCCGUACUCAGCGUUUCUCUGUGUAAGUUCCGAUAGUUAGAGUUGAUUAUACAUGCUUCUUGAUGCAUUCUAUGUGUCUCUCAACGUUAAAAUUGAAAUCCCAGUAAGUACGAGGCGACCAAUAAAGUGCCGAAUAUUGAGAUCUGCCCGCAUCCUGGUGGCGCUUUUGCAACAGAGCUUAUGUGCUCACCACCUGGGGGUGCUGUGGAGUGGGGUAAAAUGAGGUCACAUCGGAAGACACUGCAACCAAUAGUGCCCAUAUGCCCUUUACUGGAAGGGUUUUAGUGUCAGCGCCUACUGUUAUGCUUUCACCAACGUCAGUUACCUUAACUUGGUGUCAAUGUCUGCCCGCGUUGACCGUGCUUUUGAUUUUUAGGGACCUGAUCUAGGUGGAAUGUUUUUGUUUUGUUAACUCCACGUCUGCAGCGACUAUACUGGCUGCAACCAUCUCAUUUUUUGGUUUCAGCUUGCGCAGGGCAAGUAUUACUGGGGCCAAAAACGCUCAGCCCAUAGGCAGCUGGACACAUGUUCCCUUUCAGACGCCCCUGGACACAAUCCGUGUUGACGUGUUGGAAAGUCAAACGGUCAGUCAAAACUGGGAAGAGGUCCAAAUUGAAGAAAGAGUUCCAGAAAGAACUCGAAAGUGACCCUACGGCUGCUGAAAAAAUUGAGACCUUGUCAACCUCCCUGUUGAACGACUUACCCGGAACAACUGGAGAAGCGAUUUCCAGGGCUCACGAAAUUCAGCGUAAACGAGUAAAGGCGGCCAUUAUUUUCCGCAAAAACUUCAGGUAUUCCUGUAAAUAGCGCCUUUGGACUAACCUCUCACUUGCAGUCCUCCCGCGGAAUCAAGCGUCCUGACCUGGCAAGCGAAGGAGCAAAUUAUUUACCUUUCUUCUCACAGUCCUGAUGAAUGGAGUGCCGAGACAAUCAGCAAGCACUUCCCAAUAUCCGACCCUGGAGCUUCGAAAUUCCUGUUCAAGUCCCAGAAGAAGCCCAAUCGGGUCUUUCGGUCUCUCAAAAGUAUCAUUCGUCAUGAUACCGCCUGCAUCGGUCGCUGGAUAAACAUAAUAAACGUAAUCGUUGAGCUACAGUUGGAAAUGGGCUACAUUAGGCCUACUCUCUCCGCUGUCUUAAACGCCCUCAGCCAUAAACUACCCCGUGAUCUGCGUUGGGUUGGUCUUCACAACUUUUUAGACCUUCUUUCCUUCGCCGACGGAAAUGCCUGUCUUCCUUUUCCGCCAGAAACAUCUCUUGAUGCAUACCAGCGCAAAAUAUCGGAACACAAUCCGGGACCUUUUCAGAGGAUAGCCGAGAAUAUACAGAAACCACUUUUACCGGACAGUAAUCUCGUCCUCAUGAGAGGGCAGCAGCUUGAUGCUAUCAGUAUGAUUAUCGGCCUUUUCAAAGACCAGGAUUUUUCCCCUUUUGUCAACAGCCUUCGCAAGAACCCCUCAACGAGUUUUCCAUUUGUAUUCCGCGAGUGGCUUUUACUUAAUUCCCCCAAUAGUCAGCCGUCGAUACUGGAGAAGAACAAUCCGAGUUUCCUUAAAAUGCGAUCAACAACAGACACCGACUUUUCGAAACUAUUUCGUUUCAAACGUAUCGAUGGAUAA